AUGUUUUUUUGGACCCGAGAUGUGUGACCAGGUCGGGCGCGCGCACUGCCAAAGGCGCGCGCAGCCUCUCUGCUGUCGACGGGAUCCAGCUGUCACUCACCGGGGUCCCCCCAGCUCAGACCCGGUCCGGACGACCAGGAGGACAGAGGACACCGCUGGAUGGACACGGAACCACCCGCCCCCCUCCUCCUCCUCUGUGAUCAACAGAUCGGCAGCGGUUCGACGAGGAAGAUGAAGAUGAGGAGGAACCCGAACAACGCCGGAGCCAGCUGGCGCGUGAGACACAUCCAUCGCUCCUUUUCCGAGCCAGCCCCGGAGAUGUGAAGAGACCAGAAAGGUUCGGUUCUGAUCAUCUGAUUCAACAGUUUUAUUUCUUUUUCGUGAGGGGGGUGCGCAGGAGGAGGUUCGGUCCGUGCCAGAAUGACCCGACUAUUGUCCCGCAUCUCUGUAACGGACCGGGCCCGCAGGAAUCUUGGCACCGGUUUUACGCAGCAGACCACAUAGUUCGACCCGACGAAUCCGGACCGGAACACAUGGACAAAGACCGCGUGCACGUUUGAAGACGAAUCAAGAGAAACGUCCCUGUCGCUCGCUGGUUCCGACCCAGAAGGUGGACCUCACCGAGUCCAAAAAACGACCUUCCCCUCCCGAACAAAAGGACCGUCUUACGUCUUAAAGCAUCUUCACAGACUCGCAGAGCGAGUCUGUGAGCAAGUGAUAGAGGGACACUGUCUGCCCCACUGUCCAGUGACACCAUGAGCUGGAGCUUCCUCACACGGCUGCUGGAGGAGAUCCACAACCACUCCACCUUCGUGGGGAAGCUGUGGCUCACCGUGCUCAUCGUCUUCCGCAUCGUUCUCACCGCCGUCGGGGGGGAGUCCAUCUACUACGACGAGCAGAGCAAGUUCGUCUGCAACUCGGGCCAGCCCGGCUGCGAGAACGUCUGCUACGAUGCCUUCGCCCCUCUGUCCCACGUCCGUUUCUGGGUCUUCCAGAUCAUCCUGGUGGCCAUGCCCUCUCUCAUUUACAUGGGCUACGCCGUCAAUAAGAUCGCACGACUGGACGAAGCGAAAGGAGGAAGUGGAGCCGCCGCCGUCAGGAUGGGAGGGGGGAGCUACACGCACAGGAAACCCAGGAAAAUCUGCUUCGGAGCRCGACAACACAAAGGCAUCGAGGAGACCGAGGAGGACCAGGAAGACGAUCCGAUGAUCUACGAGGUGCCAGAGAUAGAACCACCGAAAAGGCCUCGGAAUCCACUGCAGCCGACGCCCAGACCUAAAAUCCGUCACGACGGGCGCAGGCGGAUCCGAGARGAAGGGCUGAUGCGGGUCUACGUUUUGCAGCUGGUGACCCGAACGGUUCUAGAGGCGGGCUUCCUUACGGGCCAGUAUCUGCUGUACGGUUUCCGUGUGAAACCGGUGUUCGUGUGCUCUGGGAAACCUUGCCCCCACAGCGUGGACUGCUUCGUGUCGCGGCCCACGGAGAAAACCAUCUUCCUGCGCAUCAUGUACGGCGUCACCGUCCUCUGCCUCACCCUCAACGUCUGGGAGAUGCUCCAUCUGGGAAUAGGUUCCAUCUGUGACAUCAUUCGCCGCCGGCGGAGCCCGCCUCAGGAUGACGAGUUCCAAUUGGGCUUGCUGGGCGCCAACGGUGCCCCGGAGGGCUCGGUGGGGGGGACGGGGCCAGAGGCAGGCUCUGAAGGCGGGGUGGGCGGAGACGGCGCCGCGGACUACGUCGGGUACCCGUUCUCGUGGAACACCCCGUCGGCUCCGCCCGGCUACAACAUCGUGGUGAAGCCGGAGCAGAUUCCCUACACGGACCUCAGCAACGCCAAGAUGGCGUGCAAGCAGAACAGGGCCAACAUCGCCCAGGAGGAGCAGCAGCAGUUCGGCAGCAACGAGGACAAUUUCCCCACUGGGGGAGAGGCCCGCGUGGCUCUCAACAAAGACGUGAUCCAGCAAGCUCACGAGCAGCUGGAGGCCGCCAUCCAGGCCUACAGCCAGCAGCACCAGGCCGAGGAACAGCUUGAAGACAGCCAGGACGACAAGCCUCAGAGCAACAUCAUCCAAGCCCAGCCGCAGCCGCAUCCUCAUCUUCAGAAGGAGCGCAAGUUCCGAGUCAAGCACGGGAAGGGAGGCAGCAGCGGAGGAGGCAGCAGCAGCAACAGUAGCAGCAGUAAAUCAGGAGAGGGUAAGCCCUCGGUGUGGAUUUAAACAAACACUGACUCGUAUUGUGUACACUACAGAUCGGACGAGGAGUCUUAAUUGGAUUUACAACAUCACUGUGCCUUAAAGAAUCCUGCAAGCUGGAGAUUAAAUGUUUCUGUAGAUAGGUGUGGAAAAAAACAUGAAAAUGUGAAGUUGCAGCAGACAGUUUAUUUUGUCGGAGCUGUCACUGUCGACCUAGAAAACCAACGUGGUUAGAGUUCAGUCUGUCGUUUACACGUCUCCUUCGUUCUCCUCCGGUUCUCCUUCGUUCUCCUCCGGUUCUCUCCUUUCCCCGUCAGCUUCGUAGAGAGUUGAAAUAAAAUGAGGAGGGGGCUCUGCAGUCGCUCAGGGGGAGUUUCUUGUUUGUCCAAAACUGUGAUUGGGCAUUGUUUGUUAAAGAUGUGAUGUGAUCGGUUGGAUUUACUGUUUUGGGUGGGGUUUAAGA